CAACGACUCUAGGCGAUUCUAGCUAGACAGCUCGAACCACCAAACUAUUGGUACUCACCUUUAGGCUACUACAUCUACUUGAUCACAAAUCAUCAUGACAGCUACGUCUACGACUACAUCCCCAUCCCUCAGCUCCAACUCGACCCCCAACAUCUCCGCAUCCGACGCCGUCCUCCACCUCAGCAGUGCUACACACAUCGACGCACCGUCACAAGAUGUCUGGAACGCCCUAAUCGACACCUCCACCUGGCCAACGUGGAACACCUUCGUCCCGCGCGUCACCAUCCGUGAACAACCAAACACCCCCGAUGCCUCCGCCGACUCCCUCUCCCCGAUCCUACAAAAGGGAACCAAAAUGACCUUCCACGUACACAUGUAUCCCUCGUCGACUAAACCGCAAAAGGUGAACGAUACCCAGCUUACAGUCAUCGAGUUUGAGCCGCCCAAUCCCGGCGCCAAGAAACCUGGGCGGAUCGUGUGGGCCAGUGACCCCGAUGCCAAGGGCGGAUUUCCUGCGUCGCUGCUGACGGCGGAAAGGGUACACGAGAUUGUGGAGGUAGAGGUUCCAGGGAAAGAUGGGCAGAUGAGGUGGGGGACUGAGGUGCGCAAUUGGGAGGCUCAGGUUGGGUAUUUGGUGUAUAUUGUGCGGUGGAUGUUUGGGGGUCGAUUGAAGGAGAACUUUGAGAUUUGGGUACGGGAUUUGAAGGGGUAUGUUGAGGGGAAGUCGCCAGGAGCUUGACUGUGUGUGAUGAAGGAUUGAAUGAGUGACAACUGAGAAGUGAUGCAAAGGGUGAUCGACUGGUUGUAGCCGGGGUUUCAGGAAUCUGGACUGGUUUAACAGGGUUCUCAGUCGGCUGACAUGCAGGACGUGAUCAAGAGACUGGGGAAUAAUGAAUACGUGCAUCAGCUGUUCCAGGUCUACCUCUUGCUUGGGUAUCUUGAUGCUGCUCAGCUAAACGGUAAUGCAGUGGAACCAUUGCACAAGAAAACAAACAUAUUUCCUGCGGAUGUUCGCGUACAGGGAUCGACUUCCGGGAAGCUGAUGUGAUGACUCCUUGGUUUCCUGAGGCUCGUAUUUUUACGAUA